GCUACGCGGAGUAUCAAUCAAUUAGCGACAUGGCGCUGGAUAUAUAAUGGUUACCAACAUAGCACAGAUGGCUAAAUAGCGAUACAUUCGCGGUUAGCAAAUAAAGUAAGGACGUAAAGUGAGGAAAGUUUGCACGUUUAGUGAAUACAAGAUGCUCUCACAGUGCUUUAAAUGAAAAUAAUGAACGCCGUUUCGUGAAGACAACCUGUCAGUGACUCUGAUGCCAUCAUGGAAGGAGGUCAUUAUGUCACCAUUCAUGGCCAAAACAUUACCCACAAUCCUCUGGCAGCACCGGCCAUGUCCAUCGAAAGGCUGUUCCCGGCGCUGCUCGAGUGCUUCGGCAUCAUUCUGUGCGGCUACGCGGCAGGCCGCAGUGAGCUCAUCAGCACGGGACAGACCAGGAGCCUGGGCAGCUUCGUGUCAUGCUUUGCGCUUCCGGCGCUGCUCUUUAGAAACAUGGUACAGCUCCAGUUUGGCAACGUGGUGUGGUCGUUCCUGUGGAGUGUGCUGAUCGCCAAGGUGUGUGUGUUUGCGCUGGUGUGUGUCCUCACGCUGCUGGUGGCGAGUCCGGAGGGUAGGUUCGGGAAAGCGGGGCUGUUUGCCAUCUUCGCCACGCAGAGUAAUGACUUUGCACUUGGAUAUCCGAUAGUGGACGCUCUGUACCACAUCUCUCACCCUGACUAUACACAGUACCUGUAUUUGGUGGCUCCGGUGUCUCUGAUGCUUCUGAAUCCGGUGGGUUUUGCUCUGUGUGAGCUCCAGCGUUGGAAGCAAAGCCCUGACCACAACCACAGCAAGCUGCACAUCAUCUCUACUGUCCUUCUCCGUGUGGCUAAGAAUCCGAUCGUGUUCAUGGUUCUGGUCGGGAUUGUCUCUCACUUCCUGUUUGGUGGGCGUGUCCCUCUGUUGCUAGGGGAGUUUGUGGAUGGAUUAGCUGACUCGUUCGGAGGGGCGGCGCUCUUUUACCUGGGCUUGACGAUGGUGGGGCAGAUGGGUAGAGUUACCCGCUCAACAGGAGUCACCCUCAUUUUGCUUCUCACAGCUAAACUCCUGUUGAUGCCGUUGAUGUGUAAAGACACGUUGGAGCUGUUGGAUGCCGGCAACUCCAGUUCUGUGAACCACACUAGUCUGUCGGACUACGCUUUCCUGUACGGCAUCUUCCCCACUGCGCCCAGCGUGGCCAUUUACGCCACUCAGUAUAACAUGCAGCUGGAGGUGGUGACCUCCGGUAUGGUUAUCAGUACGUUACUGUCCGCGCCCAUUAUGUACCUGUCGGCAUGGUUACUCUCCAUCCCCUGGAUGGAGGCAACGCACCUAAUCUCCGAGCUGCAGGAGGUCAGCUUUAACAUCAGCAUCAUCAGCAUCAUCGCACUGGUGUGGACAGUUGCCAUCAUGGUGCUCAGCAAGAAGUUCAAGAGGUUGCCUCAUAUGUUCACAACAAACCUUUUCCUCGCUCAGCUCUUGGUGUGUGUGUCGAUGAGCUUGUGGAAGUUUGUGGUUCAGCAGGAGAAUGUACUGGGACAGAUCCUCACUUUCACUCUCCUCUAUGGAGCGCUGUAUAGCACCUAUGUUUGGACAGGUUUGUUAGCGUUCUCGCUCGCUCUACUGAAGAAGAACGAACAGCUCAAAGUUCCACCUGUCGUCUUCAUCCUUCUCGGCUGGGGGCUGCCGUUUCUGAUUGUGGCCUUGUUGCUUGCGGCUGGUGAGAGAGUGAGUGACACCGCUGACGCCACUUUCUUCUACGGCAGGGGGCAGAUCAUCAGCAGCGUGGUGGUUUCGAGCUGUAGCAUCCUUCUUGGCGGAGUGUCUCUGAUGGGCCUCAGUCAUGGUUCUCAGGAGGAGCAGAAUUACCAGGUCCUAGAGCAGAACUCGAUGUCAGGCACCACAGAGGACGUCAGAAUCCCGGCUCGACCCAAGGACCGUGGUUCAGCUGAGUUCAUGCCGUCACACAGCAGUACGAACAGAGGUCAGGAUGACACGAUGCCUGAUACAAGAGUAGACCGUCUGAACGACACACCAGCACCACCAACAGGUGUAGCACUGACUGAAGCGUCCGAGUGCAUGCGUGUACAGGAGGAGAGACAGGUGGCACGUCAUGUGCUGCUCUGUCUUCUGCUCAUUGUCAGCCUGCUCGCAAACCUGUCCAGCUGCCUCUGGUGGCUUUUGAACAGCGAUCCUGGACGGCUUUACCUUGAGCUGCAGUUCUUCUGUGCCGUGUCCAAUUAUGGACAGGGUUUAAUAUCUUUCGGGAUGUUCGGGCUGGAUGAACAUCUUAUAAUUUUACCGUUUAAAAAGAGGCUGGCAGCACUGUUGGGUGGAGCACAGGAAGCUAGUAGAGCUCCAUCCACCGUUCCUGAAGAGAUACGGCUGACUUGCACGCAGUUCGUCCGCUACCAUAAAAAUCAGUGUGUGCAGGACAUUGUACACAAGCGAAGGUGUGCUGCUGGUUGCUUCCUGGGCACUGAGCUUGUUGAUUGGCUACCUCAUGUAGGCGUGGUCAGAGACAGAAUCACCACCUUUUUGUGUGGGGUUCAGCUGCAGGAGGGCGGAGUCACUGAACAAGUCACGUGUCGGAUUCGGUUUCUGUGACGAUGGGGCAAUCGUAUCGUUUCUCAGAAGAGGCAACCGGGACGUCACCACACGCAUCGUAACAUUCGUUUCUUCUUCCAACAGAAAUCGCAUUCUAUUGCAUGGUGUGCCAAAGGUAACGGAGAAUCCACGUUUCUUUUAUUAAUGCUAAUAAUCCUUCUAGGAUGUUUUUUCCAGCAGUGUUUUGGUAUUGCCAUUGUGCAAAGUUAGCAUGAAAAUAGACUAGAGUUCAAUAAAUUUCCUUUACAAGUGUUGACGUUAAGGUCAAGGCAAACGUCCUGCAAUUUCAAAAUGUGUGGCAGAAAUUGAUGAUGAACAUGUAAUACAUGUAUAAUCAUGUUUACAAGAUGAGUGGCUGACCAUAUAGACUCAUGUGAGGGUUGUGAUAUCAAGUCUGAAUCUGUACUGGAAUCUGAGCUUUCCAAACUUAACGUCAUGCAUAUAGCACAAAAUUCAUGCAAAAGACAACCGCAAUUCUGAAAAUGUUGGGACAGUAUGGAAAAUGCAGGAAAAAAAACAGUCAUUUGAAAAUUCAGUUCACCCUGUACUAUAUUGAAAACACAUUUUUGAUGUUUUACUUUGUGAAUUUAAUUUAUUUUUGAAAAUACACACUCAUUUCAAAUCUGAUGACUGCAGCACACUGCAAAGUUGGGACAGUCGACUGUUUACCACUGUGUAACAUCACCUUUUCUUUGAAUAACACGUAUUAAUCGUUUUGGACUGAAGACACCAGUUUGUUACGUUUAGCAAGCAGAAUUUUCCCCCAUUCAUCAAUUAUGCAUUUCUUCAGCUGCGAAACUGUACAGGGUCUUCGGUGCCUUAUUUUGCGCUUCAUAAUGCGGCACACAUUCUCAAUCGGAGACAGGUCAGGACUGCAGGCAGGCCAUGUUAGCACCCGCACUCUCUGCUUACGCAACCAUGCACUUGUAAUCCAGGCAGAAUGUGGUUUGGCGUUGUCCUGCUCUGGAUGGCAGCAUAUGUUGCUCCAAAACGUGUACAUAUCUUUCUGCAUUGAUGAUGCCCUCACAGAUGUGCAAGUUACCCAUGCCAUGGGCACUGACACACACUAUACCAUGACAGAUGCUGGCUUUUGGACCUGAUGCUGAUAACAGCUUGGAUGGUCCUUUUCCUCUUUGGCCCAGAAAACACAACGGCCGUUUUGUCCAAAAACUAUUUGAAAUGUUACUCGUCGGACCACAAAACACGAUUCCACUGUGCUACUGUCCAUCUCAGAUGAGACCGAGCCCAGAUAAGUCAGUGACAGAUGUAUGUCUUCUGCUUUGCAUAGUAAAAAAGCCUUUUUUGGAGGCUACUUAUAUACUAUGAUUAGACGAUUGCCUCACCUGUUUCACAUCACCUUCUUAAUUCAACUUGUCACAUAGCUAUUAGUCCUAAAUUGCCCCAUCCCAACUUUUUUGGAACGUGUUGCAUGGAUCAAUUUCGAAAUAAACGUUUACCUUCAAACAGCUAUGCAGUUGAUUAGGUAAAACAUCAAAUUCCUUGUCUUUAUACGUUUUUUUGUUUAAAUACAAGUCAAAGUACAUUUACAAAAUCUCUCCUCUGUUUUUAUUAGCAUUGUCCAUUCUGUCCCAGCAUUUUGGGAAUUGGGGUUGUAUGAUCUCAUGUGCACAAUUUUACUUUGAAGAACCUGCAGGUAUGUGACAUUAUCAGACAAAUGUCUGAUACGGUGCUUUCUUACUGAUUAAAUGUUGCAUUUGAUCUUAGAUUUUUUUGGUGAUUUCCUGUGAGUGUAUAUUACAAGUAUACAAUAGACGUGUACAGUACUGAACAGUACAGUACUGUUCAAAAGUUUAGGCACAUGCAAAGAUGCCUUUAACAUAAGGAAAUUAAAUGUUUCUAUAUUUAAAAAAAUACUGCAAAGAGCAGUAAACAGUAGUAAAUGAAACAAAGUCAAUAUUUGGUGUGAGGGAAAAAAAUAAAAAUAGUAGUCUCUGGUACAGUGUGUGCAGUUUUAUAAGAAAAUGAGCUGUAAGUUUUAUUGAGCAUCUUGCAGAACCAGACACAGUUCUUCUGGAGAAUUUGACUUUUGCACUUGCUUCUUAUUUUUGCAGCAAAACUCAGCAGCCUUCAUUGUGUUUUUUGUCUGAAUAGUGUUCCCUUACGUAAUAUACUUCUUUCUUUACUGAAAUACAAACAUUUUUCUGUAACAUUUCAUUUUGUGCUGGAAAACUAAUGUUUGGGAAUCUAAAAUGUUUUUCAUAUUGAUUCAAUAAUCUAGAAGUCAUUAAAUAAAUAAAUAAAUAAAUAGGGUGCCUAAAACUUUUGCACAAUACUGUAUGUCUGUUCACUUAAAUGAGGAAGUAAACAAUUUGAAUUGCAUUGUAAUCAUGAGGUACUUUUUAAAAUUUUUAUUUCCUCUCAUCAGGGUUGUUUUCCCUCUGUGUGUUGAAAGGUGACUGAUCUGUUCAUAAAAUGGCUGCUGCCCUACUGUCCAACUUUUACUUGCCUGAUUUUGCACGCGUUCAGUGCUAUAGAAACUGUUGUUCGUGAACAUUUAAGCAAUUGUAUAAUUUUGUGAUAUAAAUAUGCUCCCAGGAUUGUAAGUUUGUAUGAACUGGACUGAAGAUAAAAGCCUCUUCCAGAAUCUGUGAACAUUUUUUUUUUUUGUUCACGUAUAACCAGGUGUUUCUUAAAUUAUGCAAUAAAUGUGCCACAUUACAAUGUGCUUGUUUUAUUCAAUUAAACGCAGGCAUUGAUUAAAAACACA